UUUGUGUGAUUGGCAGAAAGAGGCAACGCGAGCGACGCGAUUGAAUGCAAACAAUAAAUAAUAAUAUUUUGCCAUAAUAAUAGUUGAUGUCAUUUAUUCAAAAGUGAUGACGACGCGAGAAGACGAGGUUCAGCUUUUCAACAAGGGUGAGAAAGUCCUGUGUUUCGAGCCCGACAAAUCGAAUGCUAGGGUCUUGUACGAUAGUAAGGUUUUAGCUGUGUAUGAACGCAAGGACGCCGAUAAUAAACGGUACUUUGACUACAAAAUCCAUUUUCAAGGCUGGAACUCAUCCUGGGAUCGAAAUGUGCGCGCCGACAUUUUGCUAAAAGACAACGAAGAAAAUCGUAAACUUCAACGUGAGCUGGCAGAAGCCGCGCAGUUACAAAAAAUUGGUGGCUAUUCUUAUAAAGACACCAAGACUCCGACUUUGCCACCCAGCAAGAAGAAGCGUUUGACCAGAGGUGUAAACGCUGAAGAUCAGGCAUCAGAAUCCUUGAACACAUCGUUGGCAUCUCAGCCGGCGACUCCACAGCACGAACUGCCGGCACAGCAGAAAGGUGGCGCCCGCAUGCGGGAUGGUAGUGGUAAUCGUUCGCGGGACAACAGUAGCGGUCGCAAAGGCCAGCACGACAAAUCUGGCACUGGCGGAGGUGGUGCUGAUGUGACCAUGAAGGACAUACGCAAAUCCGGCCGUACGGAUGGUGAGCGAAAAUCUGCUAAGUCUCAGUUUGAUUUGCAAGUCUCACCUAAAGAUACGCAUACAACUGAUGCAGAGAAACGCGUCCAUCCAGAGGAUCGUGUGAUGCUGCGCAUCAGCGAACGGCUGCGCGAGUAUAUGGAAUACGACUAUAAUAUGGUUUGCAAACUGGGGAAGGAGCAUGAUCUGCCUGCCCGCAUGCCCAUCAUCACCAUCUUGGAGAACUUUGUGAAGCAGCGAGCCGUCGAACUGGCCAUUGGAAUCAAGCAGGACAGUUCGAGGGCACGCAACACACAGAGUCGUAAUGCGCGCAUGGAGCGUGAGUACGAUCGGGUAAUGUCCAAUGUCUGUAUGCUCAAGGAAGUCGUGGAUGGCUUGCGGAUCUACUUUGAAUUUCAUCUAGAAGAUCACCUGCUCUACAAAGAGGAAAGGGACUAUGUUCUUAGCAAGCUUCACGACGACAUAUCAAUGUAUUCAAACAAGCUCGCAGCCCAAGCCAAGGAGUAUAUUAAUCCCAGCAUGGACAAUGAACUCAUUUCAAUGGAUGGCAGUAUGAAUGGCACAAAUGGAGGCGAUGGCACCAUUUUAGGUGGCAUUGAGUACGAGAAGCAGCUACAAAAGUGCCUUCUAUACAUUGUGAAAUGUAGUGGAAAGAAUAAUAUGGCUCAUGCCUAUGAUCAGCGAACCUCCCCCUAUACUGCUGCCUACAAGCUGCCAAUGGAAAUGCGUGGCUUCCUCUGUGAGACAUUUAGCUGGAGUCUGUUGGCUAAAACAGACACACUAUAUUUAGAUAGAUCUGAGAAAUCUAUGAUAUUUGGUGCACCACAUUUAGCGCGAAUGCUGGUUUUAUUGCCCGCAUGGCUCAAUGAGUCGCCCAUAUCGAAUGAGAAACUAGAGAUUCUGAUACCACAUCUCAACUCGUUAAUCAAUUACUUGGAGAACCACAAGGAAUGGUUUGAUAAGCAGAAUUAUUGUAAAUAAUGUCCAAGAGAAAUAUCCCACCAAGCAAUAUUAGAAAAGUUUCUAGUUUGUUUAGUUCACAAUUAAAAUGUAAGACACGGCAUUGACAUAAUUAUUUAAAUAUUUUAUUUUAUUUAUUAUGCACUUAAAGCUUGUUUUUUUUCUGUAUUUUCUUUUAAGAAUUUAAUUGUCAUUUGUUCAUCAGUAUGAAUAUCAAUACCUAAAUCAAUUAUGAUUUCGGUUGUCUUUUUUGUUUGUUUUCUUUUUACUACACAUCUGUAAUAAACGCGCUUCUAUAAAAAGAACUUUUCUACACAUGUAUAAUCGAAUAGUGUCUAAAACUAGAUGUUAAUGUUAAUAUGGAAUAGAGAAUUUUAACUUGUAAUUCUAAGUUAGAGUCGAGUAGUUUUACUAACUAGUAUAUUUCUUCAAUUUUUUUGUGCUCAAAUACAGAUAUAUAUUUAAGGA